AUGCUUGGAUAUGCAAAGUUUAUGAAGGAUCUAGUCACAAAAAAGAGAAUGGUGAGCUUUGAACCAAUCGACAACUUGCAUCAUUAUAGUGUAACAGCUACUCGCGAACUUGUACAGAAAAAAGAGGACCUUAGCACAUUCACAAUACCAUGUACCAUAUGGGCAUUCAACUUUACAAAGGUGCUGUGCGACAAGGGUGCAAGCAUUAAUUUGAUGCCACUAGCAGUGUUUCGACAAUUGGGCUUAGAAGCCCCCAAAUCGAUGUCAAUGCGACACUUGAUGGAAGAUCGUACUGUGAAGCAGCCCAUGGGAAUUAUUUAUGAUGUUCUAGUAAAGGUCCACUCAUUCACAUUCCCUUCUUACUUUGUCAUUCUUUACUACAAGGUAGACUUUGAUGUACCUAUAAUUUUAGGGAGACCAUUCUUAUCAUGA